UAUCUUAAUAAAUUAAACUCACUCUAUCCACGUUUUGUUUCAUCUCUAUCCAGAAAAAAAUCACCUUUCCCCCUGAAGUCGGGAUUCUGGAAGCCUAUCUCUCUCAUCAACCUUGAUCAAUCAUACAAUCAUGGCGGUUUCGCUGGAAGAAAUAGUGCAAGCACUAGAAAUGUGGCUGAAGCUUAUCAGGAAGCCGCAAGAGCAGCAGUUCGUUGACCCUGAUCUUGAUCCUGUUCUUUUGGUCCCUGGAAUUGCUGGUUCCAUUCUCGAAGCUGUUGAUCAGAAUGGCCACUCCGACCGCGUCUGGGUUCGAAUUUUCGCAGCCGAUUACAUGUUUCGUACCAAGCUUUGGUCUCGAUUUGACCCUUCUACUGGUAAAACAGUGUCUUUGGAUCCUAAUACGACCAUUGUAGUCCCUGAAGAUCGACAUGGGCUGUAUGCAAUUGAUGUCCUUGAUCCUGAUCUGAUCAUUGGGAGGGAAUGUGUUUAUUAUUUUCAUGACAUGAUAACACAAAUGAUCAAGUGGGGGUUUCAAGAGGGAAAAACACUGUUUGGUUUUGGAUAUGAUUUUCGGCAAAGUAAUAGGUUGCAGGAAACAAUGGACCGUUUUGCUGCAAAGUUGGAGUCGAUUUACACUGCAUCAGGUGGAAGAAGGAUCAACUUAAUAACUCAUUCUAUGGGGGGUAUUGUUGUUAAAUGUUUCAUGUCCCUGCAUAGCGAUGUGUUUGAGAAGUAUGUGAAGAACUGGAUAGCAAUUGCUGCUCCAUUUCGAGGUGCUCCUGGAUAUGUCACUUCUGCGAUGUUGAAUGGUUGUUCAUUUGUCGAGGGAUGGGAGCAGAAUUUUUUUAUAUCCAAGUGGAGUAUGCAUCAAAUGCUCAUUGAGUGUCCUUCAAUCUAUGAAUUGAUGGCUUGUCCCGAUUUCCACUGGCAAAAUCCCCCACGCCUUGAAAUUUGGAGGGAGAAGCAUGAUGAUGAUGAAAACUCGCUUAUAAUGUUGGACUCAUAUACUCCAGAAGAAAGUAUAACUAUAUUUGAAAAGUCCCUUUCAAGUAAUACGGUUGACUUUGUAGGUGGUAGUAUGCCUCUUCCAUUCAAUAUGGAUAUACUAAAUUGGGCUAAUGAAACCAGUAAGAUACUAUCACGUGCAAGGGUUCCUUCUAAUGUUAAAUUUUAUAACAUCUACGGAACCAGUCUUGAGACUCCUCACAGUGCCUGCUAUGGCAGUGAGGAUUCACCUGUUACGGAUUUAGAAGCGUUGAGAUAUUAUCAGGCCAAGUUCAUAAGUGUUGAUGGUGAUGGGACUGUUCCAAUGGAAUCUGCAAAGGCUGAUGGGCUAAAAGCUGAAGCUAGGGUUGGAGUACCUGCUGAACACCGUGGCAUCCUUUCUGACCAUCAUGUGUUGAGAAUACUGAAGCAUUGGUUGAAUGCAGGUGAACCUGAUCCCUUCUAUGACCCUCUGAAUGAUUAUGUGGUUCUGCCCACUGCUUUUGAAAUUGAGAGGGUUAAAGAGAAUGGCUUUCAUGUAACUACGUUAAAGGAAGAAUGGGAAAUUAUACCUACAGAAUCGGAUGAUGUGGAAGGUUUGGAGCAUCCAUUAAGUCUUAUAUCCGUUUCUGAGGUAACAACUCAUGUUCCACACGUCCCUGUGCAAUGACAAAUGGUGAUUUCUACGCGUUUAUCUGGUUAAAUGGGAAAUGCCUUAGUGUAGCUUCCAUGCUCGUUCAAAAGAUGUGUUGCAGUGAAGUAAACCUAGUAAUCACAUGAAAUUACCAUUUAAAACUCUUAUCUGUAAAUAUGUAAAUAUGAUUCCAAUUGACUCAAGUCAAACACUCUGCUAAAAAAAGUCAAGUGUACUUGUGUAUAUAACGUAAUGUAAAUACGGAAUAAUGGAUCUAGUCUGAGAUAUGGAGAACAGACAAGCACUGUUGUGUACCUAUAAUGAACCUUUAUUUUUUAUUUUAAUAACAUCCAAAAGUCCCUCGUA